AUGGCGCGUCCAUCGAUUCAGCGGUCCGUUCGGAUUACCAAUCGGUUAAGCAGCAAAAUACUGAUAGUGCAUUGUGCAUCAAAAGACGACGAUCUUGGCGCCCACGCCGUGGCUAUUGGUGCCACGUUCGAGUGGAGCUUCGAGCCGAAACCGGUCUGGGGAGGGACGCUGUUCUGGUGCCAUUUAGCGACGGAAGAUAAGCGUCUUUCUUUCGUAGCGUACGAACAAGGUAAGUUGAACCGGUACAGUUACUGGGUUGUCCAUGACGACGGGGUUUAUGGGGAGCAAGUAGCCAUCACUACUGAACUUUUGGUGCGACCGUGGAGGCGAAUUUUGCUUGAUGGAUUUUGA